UUUAGUAUCUCCCUUUGCGUUUACGAGAUCUCCCCCGAAUCCUGAGCGAGGCAGUCACCGAAACGAGAGGCGAUACCCUCCUGCACAACAUGGCUACAAUUGUAACCUCGACCAGAUUUACAGACGAAUAUCAGCUGUACGAGGAGCUCGGAAAGGGCGCCUUCUCCGUUGUCCGGCGAUGCGUUAAAAAGUCCAACGGCCAGGAAUUUGCUGCUAAAAUUAUCAACACGAAAAAACUCUCAGCAAGAGAUCAUCAAAAACUGGAACGAGAGGCCCGCAUCUGUCGCCUGCUCAAACAUCCCAACAUAGUACGACUACACGAAAGUAUCUCAGAGGAAGGCUUCCAUUACCUCGUCUUUGACCUUGUCACCGGUGGAGAGCUGUUUGAAGACAUUGUUGCCAGAGAGUAUUACAGUGAGGCUGAUGCCAGCCAGUGUAUCAAUCAGAUCCUGGAGAGUGUCCACCACAUGCACCAGCAUGACAUUGUGCACAGGGAUCUCAAGCCAGAAAACCUGCUCCUGGCCAGUAAGCUGAAGGGAGCUGCAGUAAAGCUGGCUGACUUUGGGCUGGCCAUCGACGUGCAGGGAGACGAGCAAGCAUGGUUCGGUUUUGCAGGCACUCCAGGCUACCUCUCUCCAGAGGUCUUGAGGAAGGACCCCUACGGCAAGCCGGUGGAUAUCUGGGCCUGUGGUGUGGUCCUGUACAUUCUCCUGGUGGGCUACCCUCCCUUCUGGGAUGAGGACCAGCACAAGCUCUAUCAGCAGAUCAAGGCUGGGGCCUAUGAUUUCCCCUCCCCAGAGUGGGACACAGUGACCCCCGAAGCCAAGAACCUGAUCAACCAGAUGUUGACCAUCAACCCUGCCAAGAGGAUCACUGCUGACCAGGCUCUCAAGCACCCAUGGAUCUGCCAACGUUCCACUGUGGCUUCCAUGAUGCAUCGCCAAGAGACUGUGGAGUGCCUGCGCAAGUUCAACGCCAGGCGAAAACUCAAGGGAGCCAUCCUUACCACCAUGCUGGUGACCAGAAACUUCUCAGCAUGCAAAAGUUUACUAAACAAGAAGUCGGAUGGUGGAGUGAAGCCGCAGACAAACAACAAUAAAAACAGUGUAGUGAGCAGUACCAGCAGCACCAAAGACAGCAGCAUAUCAUCUUCAGCACCAAUGGAACCACAGACCACUGUCGUGCACAACCCAGCUGACGGCACCAAGGGCUCUACAGAGAGCUGUAACAUCACAGAAGAGGAGGAUGUGAAAGGUAGGAAAGCUCGCAAACAGGAGAUCAUCAAGAUUACUGAGCAGCUGAUUGAGGCCAUCAACAACGGAGACUUUGAGGCUUACACGAGAAUCUGUGACCCCGGACUAACCUCGUUUGAACCUGAGGCUUUGGGAAACCUGGUGGAGGGCAUGGACUUCCACAAGUUCUACUUUGAGAACUUGUUGAGUAAGAACAGUAAGCCGGUCCACACCACCAUCCUGAACCCCCAUGUGCACCUGAUCGGGGAGGACGCGGCCUGCAUCGCCUACAUCCGCCUGACCCAGUACAUCGACAGCCAGGGGCGCCCGCGCUCCUGCCAGUCAGAGGAGACCCGCGUGUGGCACCGCCGCGAUGCCAAGUGGCUCAACGUGCAUUUCCACUGUUCAGGAGCGCCUGCCGCACCUCUCCAGUGAACCUUUAUCAGACACAGCUUUGCCUGAAUUCUGAAGCCGAUUGGAGCAUUUUCUCAGUGGUCGGAUUGGCGCCAAGAGCCCUGCCAGAAGAGACCGCUUGGAAGUUUAAAAUCUAAGGGGAAAAUAUAACAAAAUAAAAUAUUUUAAAGCCGACCGACUGACAACACCACCACCACCACUCCAGUCCAACCCGAGCUAUAUGUUGGGGGCCGGCUGUAGCCGAAGCCCUGCCCUCCGGACGGUGCAUGCUUCUGACGCCCACAGGGGGGCGCUGUCUUGUCCUUUUUCCAUGGAUCCAUAUUUUUUGCAGUUUUGAAAGGUGUUUAAAGUAUUAACAUAUGUAAAAUAAAUUAUCAAAAAACAUUCACAUUUAAUCAGCAGGUAUGGUAGUAAUGAUUAAAGAAAAUAAAUGUGAAUUUUCUAUUAAAAAAAAGAGAAAAAGGAGCACACCCUAAUUUUUGUGGUGGUUGUUUUUUUGUUUGUUUCACAGUUAACAUAUCUAAUUUUUUCUUUUGUUGGAUGCAAACAAAUGCUAGAAGGGAACAUUUCCGAAAAACGAAAAGCUCGAUUCAAUCCGUAUCGCAGGUUCAGCGCUAUGGCGCGAUUGAAAUUUAAAGGUCAUUUUUAUGAUUGAGCUGACCGAUGCAGCGUUUGCCGUGAAUGCAGUCUCCACGAACGUGAGCACAUUGCCUUUAAAUUUCAAACGCGUUAUAGUGCUGAACUUCCGCGAUACGAAUUGAACCAAGCUCUAAAUUGUUACUUACAGUAAUAUCAACAUUUUAGACAUUGUUUUAAUGUAGAUGUUAUCUUUUUAUGGGUCGGGUGCGUUGCAGAAGGGACUUUUUUUUUUGUAUUCUGAUGUGUUAUUGUGGACCUCUUCAUUUUUAUCCCCUGUAUGAUGCUGUAUUUGAAAGUAUUUUGUGUGUGAAGAUUUUUUUUAAUGGGGACUUUAUUUAAUAUAGUAAUGUAUACAUAUUUAUAAGGAGAAAGACUUUACUUUCAGGGUUUGGAUGCGUGUGUGUGAAGGUGUGUUCUCAUGUCCCUAUAGCUCCCUUUUCAAGCUCUUUUGCGCUUUGAGAUCCCCGGUGUAUAUGCACACAUGCAUGCUCACACAAGGCCCAAAAUCCAGGUCACUGUGCUGUGCCCUUUGGGUAUGUAGACCAGCCUGCUCCUCCAGCUACAGGCCACAUUCUCCUGACCAGCACAACCUGAAGUUGCAGAACACUACUAUUGGUUCAGUGUGCCAAGUUUGCCUUCUUCCUUUUGGCCACUAGAGGGCACAUGACACAAUCAAGCCUACUGCUACUAUUCUGACGGAGACCCCAAACCACAAACUCUGAACGCUCGUACACCUCUCCUUCCUAUUGUUUUCAUCAUGUUUGAUAAAACAUUUUUUGGGGAAAUAUGGAAAAAUGUAAUGAAAUCUAAAAUGGCCGGUACUGUUUGGCACAAACUUGAGACUCAAUGCUGUUCUGUUCACUCCCCGGAUGAAAGUUUCUGCAACUUCAGGUUAAGCUCACUUACUCCUGGGGUCUCUACCUGUGUUUCUGUAGUUAGCGACCCUGCUAAUCAGCUUUCUAUUAGCGCCACUCAGUGUGAUAUCACCCUUUGCCUGUCUCUUGUUCUGGUCUCUGUCCUGUUCUCGAACAUUGUAUAUUAUUGUCUGUCUUCGCUUGCCAUACCUCUCUGUAAAGUCAUUGGCACUAAAAGCAUGUGAAAAUGAAAAUGCUGUUGAGUUGGCCGGUGGCUGGUGGUGGCAUGUCGAACAGCUGGCUGGGGAUGGGCCGGGAGGUGGAUCGGGGGCCACGCUUAAAGCAAUCAAUGGAUUGGCCCCUUUAUCCCGGUUUCAGUUGUAACUGUUCUAGAUGUUAGUGUUUGUACUGUUAUGAAUAAUCCAUUUCUUUUUGAGAUUGGAGCUGUAACUAUGGGGAGGCAGUUGAGGUGGGGGUUGGGGCUCAGGCAGCUGGCCAAUCACACCCAAGCCUCCCCUGUCCAACCCAAUUCCCACAAUACACAUAUGUGGAAUCAACACACACACAGUGCACUCCCGAUGCAAAUUAUAUUUGAAUAUAUAUACACUGAACAAAAAUAUAAACGCAACAUGUAAAGUGCUGGUCCCAUGUUUCAUGAGCUGAAAUAAAGAUCCCAGAAAUGUUCCAUACUCA